AUGAGUGGCCGAAACCCCUACGCAAACGGAUACGGAUAUCCCUCCGACUCGGGCCGUUCAGAGAACGGAGGAUAUGGUGGUUCCAGCGGUCUCGGCGUGAACGGAUAUGGCGGAGGCGGUAAUGCAGGUGGAGGAGGAAAUCGAGACCGAGAACGUGAGCGCGAACGACGUCCCGGCGGAUAUGGCGGGUUUAUGAACGAGGAGCCGCAACGGCCGCCGACUUCGUCUUCGACCUUGUCGCGAGAAAGGGAUCGAGAUAGAGAUUAUGAUCGCGGAAGAGGAGAGCAGGAUAGAAGACCUUCAGCGGCGUCUUCGUCGCGGUCACGGCCGCGGGAUGUGAAUACUGGUACGAGAUGGCGGCCGGGAAGGGACGAGGGUGAUUACAUGAGGCCGAUGCCGACGAAUCGCACUGACGCCGCGGCGAGCGGAGGACGAGGGGCUCAGUCAAUUGAAGAGUUGCUGCAAACGAUCCAACGAAACUGGGACUUUAUGGCCACGGAGGACUGCAUACCUGUACAAGUCGCAUUACAAUUGAUGGAUAAUAGUACACUGGGAAAAGCAGACCGCGAACCGGAGUUUCUACAGACACAAAAGCAGAUACAAAAGACUCUGAGGAGUAUUGUCAAUGAACAUCACCAGGGAUUCAACAGUUCCAUCGGUACCUACCAUAAGAUACAAGCCAGCAUCCACAGUUCUCAGAACCGCGUUCGCACGCUGAGAAGCUCACUCGAAGAGACAAAAUCCGGACUUCUUACCACAAAACCAGAAUUGCAAGGUCUAGCGACGUCUUCUCAAGACUAUGAUGACAUAUUACAACUUUUCAAUCAGAUUCACGAAGUUCAAAUGUUACCCGAGAAGUUGGAGCAGAAAAUAUCGGACAAACGGUUCUUGUCGGCGGUUGAUAUUCUCCAGGAAGGUCUUCGCUUGAUGCGUCGAUCCGAAUUUGAAGAGAUUGGCGCUCUUUCUGAUCUACGGUCCUAUUUCACUAAUCAGGAGACAUCACUGACCGAGAUUUUGAUUGAGGAGUUACAUGACCAUCUAUAUCUCAAAUCUCCCUACUGUCAGGAUCGUUGGAAGGCUUCGGCCACUGAUGAGAAAGCGAGUCAAGGAUCUGCAAACGGCGCAACGUGGGAGAGACCUGUGUAUAGUUUUCUUGCCAAAAUGGAUGUAUCGAAACCUAUGAUAGAGGACUCUUCUCGCAAUCCGGAAGCGGACACAUUCCACUAUAUCAGCCUCAUCAUUGAAGCCUUGAACCGCAUGGGUAACCUGGAUAUCGCUGUUGACAGAAUUGAGCAGAGGCUGCCAGUGGAAUUGUUUGCCGUUGUGGACAAGACGAGCGCCGAAGUGGACGCUCGUCAUCCAAACCUCGCACGAACUCUUUUGUCCCAGGAUAAUAAAAGCGGGCUUCCUACGGAGAUCAACGAGCAGCGUGGUCCUGUGUUGACUGAAUUCCUCUGGAACUUAUAUGCGAAAUUUGAGGCUAUUGCCGAAGGGCACCGCGUCAUUCACGAUGUGAUUGUAGGCAUCAUUCAUCGUGAGAGACUGGGCAAAACCACAUUGGCCGAUGGAUUCAAGGAGUUAUGGAAACUAUAUCAGAGUGAGAUACGAUCUCUCCUCCACGACUACCUUGCUACAGAUGGCGAUGAUUCCUACCGAACUGUCCCACGACAGGCUGAAGCGAAACGGAAUUUCUCUCUCAAUCAGAGAGAUAGAAACAAGAAAAUGUUCAAAAUGUCGGAUGUGGAUCAAAAAUCGAGCGACAUGAAGACCGAACGAGAUGAACUAGAUGAAAUUUUGCGGCAUUCUGUGCCUGGUUUGGUCACCAAGACAGCCGAGCGAACCAACAGUGACGGUACCCCAACGUCGAAACAAGGAAACUCGGGCACUGGCCAUAAGCUUCUUAUCCAGCCAAGUGUAUUCAACAUGGGACUUUUACUUCCUCCUUCCCUUUCUUUCAUUCAAAAGCUCAAAGAUAUCGUACCUGCUGAUUCAGAUAUUGCCAUGAGUACUCUUACUUCGUUCUUGGAUGACUUUUUGAUCAAUGUCUUUCAGCCGCAAUUGGACGAGGCUGUUACAGAUCUUUGCGCUUUAUCUUUUAUUGCUUCGGACGCGUUUUCCGAGGAUCCUAACUGGGUUACCGUGUCUCCGAAGCCAAUCUUCAAGGGCACUGUCAACUUCAUGUCUUUGGUCAAAGCGUUUAGCAAAAUGCUUGACAGUAUUCCUCAUGAUCAGAUGUUUACUCAGAUGGUUCUCAGCCAGAUUGUGACAUAUUACGAUAAAUGCUGUGGCUGGUAUAAGGCAAUGGUUACGCGCAUAUCGUCGCCUGUUAAUGGAGGUACCCGACUGAAAAAGCCUGCAUUGUUUGCGGAUGCUGGUGAAAUACAUGAGACGGUCAAGAAACUGCUUGUCGGAAACGGUGACAGGAAGGCGCUUAUUGACAAGGAAACCGAAAUACUCCUACGAGAAACAAGUGCAAUACCGUUGGAUGAGUUUGAUCUGAUUUCGGAUCCAAAGAAUGUUGUAACGCUGUCGCUAUUGCAUAACAGUCUGCAAUGGCUUGUGAGUCAAUUGUCAAAACUCAGAUACAUCACCAGCAGUUCAGUCGACUCGAGUCGGAGCGAGUCAAAGCGAAUGACACACGCUCGCCGAUGGACACUGAUCAGCACUAUCAAGCCGAGACGGGACAGCAUCAGCCAACCAGUGUAUCUACCGAUGAAUAAUGAAACAGUGAUCAUCUUCGACAACACGCUACAGUCCCUGCGCAAUCUCGCGAACAAUGCGCUCCUCGCCAUGCAGAUCGACAUUAGAUGCAGAGUGAUCUACGUUUUGACCAAGGCCAUGGCCGGCCCACAAGGCCCACAACCACUACUCGUAGACACGCCGUCAACACCGGCGCCUAGCGCGAAUACGAAUUGGCAUUUACUUCUACCUACGCCUCCCGCAGCUGCAUCUCCACAGGUUUUGGAGUUGAAUAACGAACUCAUUGCGAUAGACACAAAUCUAUCUUCAUACCUAGCCCCAAGCGAAGAGCAGUUCAUUACAUCGGGCCUAGCGCGGUUUAUUGAUCAGACCUUCAUCUUCUGCACCCAGUACAUCGGAGCGUUGAAUCACAACGGUGCCCUACGACUACAACUCGACGUGCUCGUCCUACAACAGAACCUGAAAAACAUCAUCACCGAAAGCGACACAUCGGCCGGAAAGGAAAACGAGCCGACCGAAGUAGUCGCUCUCCCCCGCAGCGCCAAAUUUCUGGAUUGGUUCCUCGAAGGUCCGCAAAAGGCCCUUGACCACGCAAAGGAAGAGAAAGAAUUAUUUGCAUCGCAAGGCGACAAGGCCCUAGCAGCUGGUAAUGGUGCGCCAUUCACAUACGAUGAGCUACGGGUGUUGAUUGAAUUGUGCUUUUCGGAGAUUAUGCGUGGGCCGCGAGGGGAGCAGAACAGGGAAGAUUUUAUGACUGCGAAGCGGAGUAAUGGGGAUGCGAUGUUGCGGUUGAGUGAGGUUAUGUGGGACAGUAAAUAG